AUGCAAUAUCAAAGUAAUGAGGAGGACGACUUGCAAUAUCGGAUUUUUGGCGAAUCCUUCAAUUUCCCAAUUGAAAGUAACAGCUCAAACGCCGGCCGCCGACGAAAACGUAGCGGCUAUGAUUCGGACACAAGCGAGUACUCUGAGGACUCGACGGCGUACGACGAUGCGCCGGCUGCAACCAAAAGUUUUGGGCCGCGGAAGAAUAUCAACAGAGGGCGCUGGACGAAGGAGGAGGACAAAAGACUCAAAAUGUACGUGAAAAUGUACAGUGAGAAUUGGGAGGCAAUCGCGGCCCAAUUCUCCGACCGAUCCGACGUCCAAUGCCAGCAGAGGUGGACGAAGGUCGUCAAUCCCGAACUAGUCAAGGGGCCUUGGACCAAGGAG